GUUGUACAGCUCUCUUUCAGUUUAUAUCAGAGAGCCCAAUGGAGUCUUUUGAAGGACCUCGUCAGGUUAACAGGGCUAACUUACUACGAGUCCCCACUGGAAAUGAUUGCACUUCAGAUGAUGAAGAUGUUAAUAUUGACAUUAAACUUCGUUUCUCCCCAUGUCCCCGAAGAAGGAAUUCUUCAGCUUCAGAGGAAGAGGAGGCAGAAACUCCCACCAACAUCUCAAGAAAAGUUUCAUUUGCUGAUGCAUUUGGAUUUGAUCUUGUGUCUGUUAAAGAGUUUGAUAUCUGGGAAUUUCCAAAUACAGGACAAGAAAAUUACAUAGAAGAUGAAGUCUUCCCUCAGGAUGAAUAUUUUUUCUCCCAGCAUUUUACAUUACCUGCUUCUCAAGAAGAACUUUUACAAAAAGUGCGAGAGCAGAAAGUAGUGUUGGAGUCGGUCCUGCUUAUGCCUGGGAUUACCUGUAUGAACGGCAUUGUACGAGUCCUGAAUGUAUCCUUUGAAAAGCAGGUGUAUGUUCGAAUGACAUUGAAUAACUGGCUCAGUUACUAUGACAUCCUCGCAGAGUUCAUGCCUAAUUCUUGUGGUAGUGAAACAGAUCAGUUUUGCUUUAAGAUUUCUUUGGUGCCUCCUUUCCAGAAAGAUGGAACUAAGGUGGAAUUCUGUAUCCGCUAUGAGACAUCAGUUGGUACCUUCUGGGCAAACAAUGAUGACAAAAAUUACACACUGAUUUGUCACAAGAAAGAAACUGUGUCCAAGGUGGAUAAUAAAUCCCAGAAAGAGGUUACAGAUAGGAGUCUUAAAGGCUGCUUAAAGACAACACAAAGCAGAAAAGAAGAAAUAUUGGCAACGUCUGAUGGUGGCACAUGGAAUAACUCAAGGACUUCAGACACAAACAUCCCAGAAAUUGUUUAUUCACAAGCAGAAGACAAAGACACGAAGCUAACUAAAGAAAAUAUAAAAGCCAAAAAUGCAGAAUACAACCAGGGCGAUCACAAAGAUGAUGAAAAAGAAUUAGAGUUGCUGUUAAAUCAGCACUUCACAGGAGCUAGAGGUACCUCUUCCAAAGAUGAAAGGAAUUUAUAUACAACAGAACCAAUUAAUUUUCCAAGUGAAACUGAAGGAUUGGUGGAAAAGCUAACCUGUAUAGAAAGAAGCAGUGACUUGCACCCCGUGCCUAUCGGUUCCUCAUCUGAAAACACUUCCCAUGCGGUAGGAGAAGAAUUAAAAGAUAAAGCUAAGUAUUCUGUAAGAGAUUGUAAUAAUCAGCUACCAGGGAAGGAAGUCACUGCUGGCUCAGUAAACAGCUAUGAGCAGUCUUUGGAACAUACUGGUACCAGUGAAAGCCUUUUAUCGGCAAAAUAUUUUCCUCUGACAAAGCAGAAUGAGGCUAUCAAUACUAUGGCUACUGGCUCAAGUGGACAAGGAGAGAGGCACACAGAUAUUUCAAAAGGUGAAAUAGAUAGUUCCUCGGGAAGUAAGAUGAUGGAGAGGUUAUUCAUCAGUGAGGAUGCUGCUGGUACCUCAAAAGGAGCCUGUGAAACGAGACCAGAAACCAUUUUACCAGAGCAUGAUGAAUCCAUGCAAUUAAAUGAAUACAUAGCAAGGACACUGGAUGGCAAUGCUAAUCCAGCUCUGGAGCACCAGGCACCACGAAUGUUUCACCAAACUUUGGAUUCAUUGUCAUCAGAUGCUGACAAAAACAUAGGAAAAAUCAAGAUGAUUGAAAGCAAAAUUCAGGUACACUCAAGAGGAGAUUUGUAUGCUGGCACUUUUGCACAUGCUGGUGUCUCAACAGAUUCCACACAAAAGGAAGGAGUUGGUGAAAUGUCAGAAAGGAACACUGAUUUAGGAAAGCAGAAGAAAGUCAUUGAAGUAGCAGACUUGACAUCAAUCGGUGAGGAGGAAGCUUCCAAACCUUUCAAGGCUUACAGGAAACACAAAGCCCUGAACCCAGCACCUCUGCCAGCUGAGAGCAAACAGGCACCCAGGGCCACCAGGGUGGAUGAAAGGCAACCUGAGGACACUCAGGAACACAGAGGAUUCAGGAGGUUAAAAGACAGAGAGACAGACAACACAAAUAAAGGGAGAGCAAUCGGAAGGGAAAGCGAAGCAAACUUUGCAGAGCAGAGGUGGCAAGAAACGGGGAGUGAGGUUUGGUGGAGAGUGAGGGGGAGCAUGGAACCUCAGACCGUGACUUCCACAAAGGAGCUGUUUACCUGCCGGGAGGCAGAGAGUUGUGAAAAGUCUUCUGUCUCUGAGCAGGGUAUUACAGAGAAAGCAGAGGCAGGUACAGCUUAUAUAAUUAAAACAACAUCAGAAAGUGCUCCAGAAAAAAUCCCUGGCAGUGAAAAAGCAGUAAUUGCUAAGCUACCUCGAGAGACUGCACUAAGUGACAGGCCCACAGAGGAAAAGGAAACAGCGUUUGAUACACAUGAAGGGAGAAAUGAUGGUUCACAUUAUGCUCUUUGUCAACUCAACACAGUGGGUGUAUUAUAUGACACUGAAUUUGAAAAGGAAUCAGUUUUAGGUAUUUAUAAUGCAUGCGUACAUGAAACACUGCAAGGAGAAACGAAGUCUGUCUGCAAUAGCAAGGAAAAAUGUGCCAAAGCACAAGCAGACAAUAUUCUACCUGUAGGAGAAGCAGUAAAAGCUUCUGCUACGGGAAAGAAAGAUUUGCAAGAGGGUUUAUGUUCAGAAGUACCUAAAGGUCCCCUGAGCACUCAGAAGCAUCUACACCAUGAGAAAGCAGAAGAGCUCUACAGGGGAGAAAGCCAUGGUGAUACACUUUCCUGUUUAUGUUCUAAAGCUGAAACAAAAAUGCCACCUUCUGGUACAAAUACUGUGCCUACUUACCAUUAUAAAAGCUCUUCAGUGCCAUCUUCAGAAGGGCCCACUGUGGAAGAAGCACUUAAGUUACCUAGUGAGUCUCGAGGUUUAAAACAUAUUGCUUUCAAAAUAUUUUAUUUCUUCUUGUUUCUUCUAUUUGCUGCAACACUCUACCACUAUGAUUUGAUGGUCUGCCUUGCACUCUACCUGUUCUCUUUGUAUUGGCUGUACCAUGAAGGAAGAAGAAACAAGGAGUCUAUUAAGAAGGAAUAACAUUGACUGUCAGCUGUGCUCAGGAUCCAUGGUCAAUAAUAUUCAAUUCCACCAAAGCUUUUUCACUGUUAAAGAGUUUAUUCUUUUAGAACCAAAGCAAGAUUUUCACAGCAUUAUCUUUUAUUAAGAGAUUACAUAUGAAGUUUAGCCUUCAUAUAAGUAAUUAAACUAUGCAGGACCAUUAUGUUUGGAUCAUUAAAUAGCUAUAUGAAUAUGAGUUCUGAAGCACGUCAAGUUACAAUGAAGUACAGCUGUUGCUUCUUAACAGGAUAUGAAAAAGCAAUGCUUCAUGUCUCUGUAGUACUUAAACCCACCAUUUACUUGCUUUAAUUUCUUUUGCAUUAAAGCUUCAUAUUUUUCUGGGAAUUUUUUUCCCAAGAUUCUGUGUGGUACAUAAAAACACAAGAAACAGUAUAAAACCUAAGUCAGUAUUUUGGUGCUGACAUUGCAGUUGAUAAUCUGCUAGUGUAAUUAGCCAAUGCUCUAAACAAUGCAUCUGUUGAUAGUUUAAUACAUUUUUCCAAAUUUUUAUUUCAUUUUUUCGACUUAGAGCUUCAGCGGUACCCCUGUUUGAAAAAUGUAAGGCUUUGACUUCAGUAACGUCAUGUAACUUCCAGGAUGUAACUGUGUAGCAGAAUAGAUGUGCUGUUUCCACCCUGUAAAGAUUGAAGGUCACAGCCACAGGCCUCUUACUGAUCACUCACAUGCACAAAAGUUUUUGGGUUUUGCAAAUGAGAACUGAGUAACAUGACUGAGAAUUUCACUGAACUUAUAUUCUGGGCAAAGCCUUUGAGUGACAUUUUUCAUCAGAAUUGUUUGAGCAUAUCUAAAAAGCAUUAAAUAAAUUUUACAAAGGAAUGCUAUAACUGUGUGGAGCAUGUCUGAAUUAGAUUUACUGCUUUUUUUUCCCCUAUGGCUUGCGACCUAGAGCUAAUCAAACACCAAAAGAAAACACUGGGCAUGACCCUGCUGUUCAGUAAGGCUGCUUUGCCUGGUUUGGGUGAGGCAGAAAAGACAAGUAUCUGCCCUAAGGAGAGCCCAAAUUGAUCCUGUGCAGCAGGCGUGUGGGGCAGACACAUGAGCAGCUUUGCUGCUCCAACACUACAGGUGUCCCGCACAAAAUCAAGCCCAAAUUUUGUCCAGAAAGGAAAGAAUUGACAGGUUAUGAUGCUCUUCAGCCAUUUCCCAGAGGAUGGCCACAGAUGGUAUCACAGGUAGGAUAUUAAAAGAACCACCAAGACUGUAUAAUGUUGCUGAAGCCAUAAAAAUUAAGAGAAAUAAACAAGAGUUGUUUUAAAGCCCUGCUUGUUUCCCUUUCCUUACUGCCAUUCUGAAAUACCAUAAGUGUGAAAGUCUUGGUUGCAAUAUAUGGCUGAAGCGAUGUAAUAGCAAAAUUAAUUAGUUGUUAUCUUAGCUCUUAAAUAAGUGUUUUAAAGUCCAUGUAAAACUUUUUCACAUGUUUCAGGAUGAUAGGACACUCUGCUACAGGAGGCAUCUUGGCAUUCCUGUUCUGCUGGGGGGUAAAACAUUGAAACUUUUUCAUUUAGUAGUGCAUUCAGUGGGGUGAGCAAGUAUGUGUGUGAUCUAUUGCUGAUAUGUGUUCUGAUGGCUGGACACCUUGGCAACUUUUGACAGCAAUCUAUGAACGGGUUAUAGCAAUGGACUAGAGGCAUUAAGGAGCUACAUGGAAGGCUGUGUCCAGAUGUUCAAAGGUAUAUAUGAGGAAAAUAUUCAUUGAGAUAAAGAAAUUAAUUCAAUAGGCAUUAGGAGAUGAAUCCAAUAAAAAGCUUAGGCUUAGACUUAAAGCAGGAUUGAAGUUAGAUCAGUGUAAGUCCAAAGUAAUGAUUGCAGACCUUCCUUUAUCGGGAGACAACAAAUGCUGAAAGAACCUAUGCUUUUCAUGAUGUUUAUACAUACUUCAAAAGGCACAACGUUGCCUUACUUCCGGUAGUCCACUUCCUGCAGUGUGACAAGUCCCACGUCUAAGUAGAUCAGAAUUUCAGAUUUACUGGGAUAGAGAUAUCAGGUAUUGCUUUACUUCCCAGUAUGGUAGAAACUCUGAAAUAACAUCUAAUAUAUUCUGACAGAAUCAAGGUCCUCAGAUAGAGAGAUAAAAAGUGAAGAAAGCAUUCUGCAUCUGUCCUGCUGAAAGUGUCACAAUGCAGUCAAGUACCAGAUUCCUCAAGUGAGAGAAAUCAAAGACAUUGGACACAUUUCAAUCUUACAGUUAAAACUACCAUGGUAGAAAUUAGAAUCUUUAUAUUCACGUAGCCUUUAAAAGCCCCUACAAUCUAAUUUAACACAUAGCUCUUUAAAGCAAAAUUCAUAAACUUCAGAGCAAGGACCAAAGUCCAGGUUCCUGACCAGUUACGUAAAAGCUCUACACACUAGGUCACAGGAUUCAAACCCAUGUUUGAAUAUCUUCAGCUUUACCAAACCUGGGCCUUUCACCCAGCAGAAUUUAGUUUAACCAUUGGUGGAUUAUUAUUGUGAGGAGGAAUGUGAUCACCAGGGGUUGGCAGCACCACUGUGCAUAGAUGGGUUCCUACCUUCUCAACUGACUUAAACUGAACAAAACAAUAGAUUUAUUUUUUUUCCAUUUGAGGCUAGAGGCUCAUUUGAUACUCCCAUCACAGAGCAGUUUUCUUUUUCCAGAACUUGUCCAUUUUUUAGGGAGGUCUUAAUCUGACACAGUCUAAAUCCCUAAGCACUGACUUAGCUAAAGAAUUUUAAAUGUCUUGGACACAUCCCUUAUUUUAAGCAGAGCUGAACAAUUCAGUCAUAAUGGAGGUAGAAAAUCCUGGUUGUGUUUUAUUAUUGAAUCUUGGGGAUUCUAAGCAGUAUACAUUUUAAGGAUCCUCUUGCUCCUUCACAUGGAAGCAUAGCUAUCCUUGAAAACCAUAGUAGAACCAUAAAUUUGUGUGGUAGUUGUCUGUAUGUAAUCUGCAAGGUGAAAAUUUUGUUUCUCAUGCGUUGCAACCCAAGAUAUUUGGUUCAUCGUCAAAGGCCCAGCUCAGCUGAUUGGAGAGCAAGGAAAGGGGUUAGGGAUGAUUGAUGGGCCCUGGACCAUGGGUGGAGAAAAGUCAAUGAGUUGAAUCAGUCUCUGGAUAGUGGCAGAAAAAUGUUACAGAGAGCUCAGGAGAGGCAAUAUGACCUGAAAAAAAAAAAUGCAAGGGAUAAAUAGAGAGGAUCUAUUAAUACAGACAUUCAUUAAAAAUUACUGGGCUUUUAAUAUGUGUCACAAUAUAUUUUUAACAAUUUCUAAAUAUCAGCUAACAUUUGGCUAAAUUACUUCAAUCUCUACAGAAAGUGUGCUUUAAAUAGCUAUAUUCCAGUAUCCAACAGGUUAAACAUUAGGGUUUGCCAUUUUAACAUGUACAGUCAUUCAGAGCUGGAAUUUAGGGUAAAUAUUUGAGUGUUAGAGUAAGCAUAUUUCAUCUACACACAAGUAGAAUACUGUUAGCAUUUCUCAGAUUUGGAUUGGUAUUUUAUGUUCUAUAUUUAAAAUAUUUAAUCAGUAUAUCGUACCUUAUGAUUGCAAAACAGGACUCUAGACUAAUCUGUGAGCACAGGUGCCCAAACUUUAAAGUAUGUAUGUGCUUAAAACAACAAAGCAAGUAAUUUUAUCUUUUUUUAUUUAUCAUUUGAUAAGCUAUCUUUUUAAAAUCCUCUUACUUUUGUUUCUAGUAUGGAAGAAACACCUUUAUAACACUGGCAAAAUAUUGGGUUUUACUUACUUCAGGGAGUAAGUGGUGUGUUGUGCUUUUGCAAUGAUUCAUAAUUAGCUUGCCUACAAGGUAGCAGUAACCUAUUUCUAGUUAAUACUUUAAAUUCUAGUAGAUUCCAGUUAUUUCUUCAAGCAAUGCAACAGAAAGGUGUGAUCCUAUAUGGUAGGGUAAUCCUGUGCUCACAAAGGGUUCAACACUAGUAAAAUAUAGUGAUCAAAAAUAAUAUAAUUGCAAAAGACUUGCAUUAUUGAAAGGUAUAUGAGGUGUAUCUACAUUCCAUAUCGUGGGAGGUAUGUCCCAUGGCUAUUUUCCAAACUGCACAUAUAACAAAUAAAUUAAUUUCCAUAUUGCGGCCUGUCUAAUCUGUUGAAUUGGCUUAAAUAUAAAUUCAGGGCAGAAGCGAGAGGAGAGAGAAGAAUUUCUGCAUUCAGAUAUCUUGCUGGGAGGUAUUCAGAAUAAGCUACCUCAUUAAUGACCUAAGUACUUGUUGUUGCUAAUUGCUUGCUGGUUCUUAUCAAUCAAUGACUUUUGGCUCAGCAGAGGAUAGGCUCUGAAACAAGCUACAGCCUUUAAAGGCCUAGUUAAUACUGGAAAUGAAAAAAUAAAGAGGACAGAGUAUGAACUAGAUCCAUAAGGGAAGGUUAAUAUGAAAAUGUUCUGAGUCAAUAUUCUAAAUAUUAUAUGUCCAGUGGUAUCUACAGCCCUGAAUAAAACACCUAAACUCUUUAGUCAUCGACCAUAUGAACAAGAAUCAAUACAGACAAUGUGUUAAAUACCGAACUGCCAAAAUUUUCUAACAAAAACCCCUGUUAGCAGAGUUAGGUCUUACACCCUUGCCCUGCCAGUGGGAUUUAGUUGCUGGAUGGCAGGGACUUGCUUUUUUCAGGUCAGGGUGCAGCCCUCUUGUGCACUGAGGUACCUAAACAGUUGCCUUCAGAAACAGGACCCUUUGCAGAAAGCAAACUCAGAGUUUUGGGACUGGAGAAAGUUUAACUCCUUAAGCCAUAGAUUGGAGGGAUAUUUGGAUAUAAACUUUGUUCCAAGAAUAACUCAUGUAUUUUAUGUGAAAUACUAUUUAGAUAAAGUACAAAACCAAUACCGAGACCUUUACAUAUCUUCACUGAGGUCUACUUCUUCCUUAGACUAUAAAUUUACUUUUCCAGGCCUACAUCAGUGCCUCAUGAACCAGGACUGAAGAAUUGUUCUAGCCAUGAACUUUGAAUUUCUCUCCUAGACCUACAUAGGUGCUUCAAUCCCAGCACAGUUCCCCUUCAGGCAAUCAUGCCCUUUUGUGACUCCCAGCAGAGAUUUCUGACUCACAGCUCUUCUGAGAGCACUGUCUGCAAAGGAGACUAAGCUUACAGCUAUAUGGAUAAUGGCAGGACUCUGGAUGUUUUUCUGAUCUAGGAGGUCUUGAUGCUGCUGAGGAUUCAGAAUUCAGGUAGGUGUCAGGGGAGAUUUUUUUGACCAAAACUACACAUGCCUGAGUGAAGACAGAAUUUGUCAAAAACAUGGGGUGAUUGAAGGGAACAGAUAAUUUCUGCAUUCGAGGUAGGCAUGAACUAGGUGAUCUGAGAUAUCCAACAAGUGUGAUAUGUGUGAUUUGGUGGUAUAUAUGAGAUAUGUGUGUUCAUGUAUGAAUGGGUGGCUCUAGGAAAAGGGAAUGGAAAGGUGACAACUAGAUUCCAUAGAAGAAUGGAAAAGAAAUAGUAAACAGAAUGUCUAAUUGGAAAGUUUCUGAACAGCUUUCCCUAGAGACGUGAAAGUUUAAUAAGUUCUGAGUAGGUUGGACAGAUAACACAAAUACGUUAUUAGCUAUAUAAAGUAUAAAAAUUGAAAUACAUGCUAACUUCUUUUUGUAACUUAUCAACUGCCACUUAAUGGAAUUAUAGUGGAGAAUAUCUUAUCCUUGACCUUAAUAUUCAAUGAUUCAAGAUUAGAGCAUUGCUCUGAGGACUAGAAAGACAGCCUCCUUCUCAGGAUGUUAUAAUCCUCCAGGGGGGACAGCCUCAGGCUGGAGCCACAAACCUGCCUCAUGGCUGUUUAUGCAGGUCAGUCCCCAAUGACAUGAAGCUAUGUGUGUCAGGAGAAAACAAGAAUAUGUGUCAGCCUGCGCUUAUUAGUGCAGAAAUAUAAAACUGUCUGUAAAUGGUUAAGCUCCCACAAUCCCUGUGUUGUCUGGUAUAGUUCAGAGCCAUGGAGGAGCUUUUUUGAUUUUCAAGCAGUAUGCAUGGCUGCAGGAGGACAUUUAGAUUCCUGAGGACCACAGGGCAUGAGCAUGUCUUGUGUAUCUGUGAUGACAGGGAGAUCACAGAGCAUACAGGCUCAUUUAAGCCGCUCUACAAGCUGUAUCUAUGUGGAAAUUUCUGAUCCUCUCUACCAGUGAUCUUACUGGGGCUGCCAGCUUUUUGUGCUCCUGGCACUACCUUCUCCAGUGGAGGACAGAAGGCAGCUCCAUACUACAAAAUUUCAGGGUCUCUGAUGGGGAAAUGAGAGCUGCUGAGGAAAAGACAAAAGCUACCUUAUUAAGUAAGUCCCCUUUAUUAGGGAGGAAACCUUUCUGCUUUUAGGGCAACCACGGACAAUUAGGAGUGGCCUGAAUGCUUUAAAGACAAAACACAAUGACUGGCUUGGGGGAAAGUCCUGAUUAAGCUCCUCAGAAACUCCUUAUUUAUUCAUACAAACUAGAUGCCUGUCUGUCCCUCUGUGCCAUGAAUGAACCAAGAUCCAUGACUGAAAAGGACAAGAGUAGGAGGCCUCUUGUGCAGGUUUCAUAACUCCUUGAAUGGUCUAGGCUGUUGAAUGGCUUGGGGCAGUUAGGCACACUUAGCAAUGCCUACAGGAAAUGUCUCAGCAGUCACAAGGGUCUUGGCUUGUACCCAUUUAAAUUCAUGUUUUGGGAGACAGAAAUCAGGCUUUUAUAUGAGCUUUAUAAGAUUAGGUAUGAAAGACAAAUACUGCUUGAUAAACUACUGGUUUAUCAAGCAGUUUUAUACAAUUUUGUGAUGUAAUUUUAGUGUAUAUUCCCUCUAAAUAAUGCAGCAUUUUGUAGAAUUAUGGCAGACUUACGAAUAAAACUUAUAGAAUAAAGGAAAGAAUGGAAGAUAAAAAUAGCUUCAAAAGAGAGGGAGAAAGCAAGCCAAGCAAGCAAGCAAGCAUGUGCAUGCACUGUUCCAUAGACAAGAGAUUUAAAAAUGGGAAAAUUAUCUUUUUCUAAGUUCAGGUUGAAUUUGUGAUCACCACAUCACUGUUCUUUAAGCCAUGCUACACUCCAGAAAAGGGCACAAACAUAGACAAGUCUUUUAAUUUCCCUCCUUAUAUGUUAGCAACAAAAAAAAUCAUCAGUAUUAGAAAGCAAAUUAAUAAAGUCUUUGUUCUUGGGGGCAGAGGCAAUGCCGCUGUUAACCUUGCAGGUGAGGUGGGCAGGCUGCUGUAAAUGCAGUGUUUGGAUGGUGUGGCCAGGACGUGCUCACAGCCUGCUGUGCUGGGACUUGGCUCUGUGUGUUUCACAUACACCCACUCAUGUGGACUCAGCUACCUGUGUCCUUGCCUUCAAUCUUACUCUGGUGUGCAUGGGAAACUGCAUGUACAGCAAUUCACUGUGUUAUUCAUUACAUGAUAUAUAAUUUGGUAUAAAGAAAUGUUUAAAUAAACUGUUAUUAUCUUGAAAUUAUCAAACAUUGGAAGACAUACACUGUAAGAAACUCAACACUAUCAACUGCAGUCAUGACCUUUUAGACUUACUAAUCUGAACAGACUUACACCUGUAGCUGUACAUCAUCCUUUAAUGUGGACAUAUCAAGUGAGAAGCAAACAUGGUGUUUUUUAUAAAGAGUGCUGUCUGAUAUUUCAUAAGGCAAUAGCAUGACUUGCCAUGUGCUUUUCUUUUAAUUCUGCAAGAGUCAAGAAUUUAUACAUUCAAUAAAAAUUGCUUAUAAAUUAGAUUAAUGACAACUGUAAUCUCAUUAAUUAUAUUUUUAAUAAACCAAUGCUGAACUGUG